UAUGUAUCAAUAUUUUUGUCUUAUUUGUCCUGGGUCAUCGGAUCUAUUCAGUAGCCCCAUGUAAGCAUUAUGCUUAAUCAGAUUGUUAAAUUCUUUUCACAUCCAAAUGAAGCAUAGCUGCAAUUGUUUACUUGCAAAUGGAUAUACCAAAGACAGUUUUUAAUUUAAUUUCGGACAGAGCGGUCGUUAGUGGGUGACAUUCUAGUCAAAAGUGAAAGAACAGACAGUAUUUCGUUGAUAUACGGAAAAAAAUAUUAAAUACACGUGUUUUCGGACAGCGAGGAAAUAUAUAUAUACUAAUGCUCUCUUGAUAACUUUGUGUAUUGAUCAAGUCUAGAAGAAAAAAAAACUAGCUGUAAAUGGCGAACAGACGAGAUUGAUUUCAUGGAUGUAGAAUUUUAUUUCAUCUUUAAAAAGCCUCAUCGCCACGAUUCGCCGCUUAUAUGGACCAAUGAUGUAUAAAGAGCGACGAAGUUUUUUUUUUAACCUAGUUCUUAUUAAGAGAUGACGAGGAUAUGACUUAUAUACAAUUCACACGGGGGUGAUUACAGCUCGCCAUGGAUCGUCAUUCGCAAUUCGAUGUGUUGCCUAGUUACUCGAGAUAUUCUAAGCACGAUAUUGUCAGAAACCACAGUAAAGAAGCCGAUACUGAGGAUUCUACGUAUGCCAACAUACGCAAACGGCUCAACUCCACCGUACUGUCGGUGCCUUAUGAGCGUAAAUUGGAACAUUUCAAUGUUUUCGGUAAAAAGUCCCAUCAAGGUGAUGGCAUCCAUUCUCACCAAAUUUUGAGGAAUGGUGAACAUGAGCCGUGGAGAAAACCGCGCUCACGUGUAAAUUCUGAGACGGAGUCUCAUUUGCAUGAAAGUCAUACUCAUCAUAAGGUUAGUCGACCACGUGACUUAGAUGGUUCUCAAAUGUCCGACAGGCACCUCGGAACACCAUCAUCAACUUCUAGCAAAUUCCCGCGAGUGAGAAAGGAUCGCGCACCCUCAGAAACGAGCACAACAUCCACUGUAAGUCGACCGUUUUCGUUUUCGAGAUACGAGUUGGAUGAAUCGUUUUGGAUGCCGAAUUUUCGUGAGAUAGAGGAAAUCAAAGAAAGAUAUGCUGAGAAUAGCGAGUUUGUGGCGUCUCUUCAUGGCUUUCUGGAGGAGACCACGAGGAAAGCCAAGAAAAAAGUGGCUGCAAUGAAUUCCCCUUCCCAUUCCCAGCAGCAGCAUCCACCUAAACAUUCAAAACAUUCGAAAUCCUCGUCUAGGGACAGUUCCUUAAGCUCCAAAGAUAUUACAGAGAGAUACAAUGGUCAUAUUGACCAUUUCAGCCAUAAGACUUCGGAAGUUCAUCAGCAUCAGCAUGAACAUUUGCAUCCUCAAAGGGGUCAGGGACGAGUGAUUUUACCCGCCAUACACAGACCGGAAGAGGACACGAUCAGUGUAGCAAGUACUCAUGGUUCUAUGAGUAGCAAUGCGUCGACUAUCAAAAACUCGAAAAAGCACAAUCAUCACAAAAAAUCAAAAUAUCGUAAAGUGGAGUUUAAUCUCUAUCCCAAAAAGCAACGACCUGUUCUUCUUCCGGCACUGAAACCUUCUUCAGUGCCAAAGGAAGACCACCAUUCCAAAACUCCAAGGUCUAUUCUGAAAAAGCACGGGAGUUUGGAAAGCCUAGAUUCGUCUGUGUUUCAAAACGAGGAAGAAAACAGGGAUUCAUCGACAGAGGAGAAACAGACGACUGAAGAGCGCGGGAACUGGGAUAGACAUAUACCGCGGCUUUUGUCGCCCAUUCCUGCCUCUGCCACCAGACGAAACCCUGUGGUGUUCAAAAAUGCAUCGAACUUUCAUUUCAACUGUAGCAAGGAAUUUAAAGCGGUUAUGGGUAAUAUUGAAGACGAGUAGAUUUUUUUGUAUCAUGCAAUGAAAAUAUAUUUUGUUCACUAAUGACCUUUCAGAAAAAUAUUUAUGUUUUAUGAGAUGACGAAUUUGGAAACUAUAUUAAAUAUAUAAAUUAACACUUA